AUGAGAGUCACCGUGGCCUGUGCUGGAUGCCGGCUGAAAAAAAUCAAGUGUGUCCACAAGGGCCGCGCGCCGUGCCAGAACUGUCAGACACGCGACGGCAGCGACGAGUGCCGGCUGUUCACCACGCAGGAGUUUCGCAAGUACAAGCGGGCCAACACGGUGCUGCUCAAGAUCGACAGCGGCAAGCUGGCUCUGUCGGAGAGUCUGGUGAACACGUGCAUUGAGAUCACCGUUCAGAACCACCCGGAACUGGUGUUUCUGUACUUUCCGCCAAACAUCAACCUGUUCCGGCUACUCGACCCGGUGGUGUGUCUUGGUCUCUGUGCCCUGAGCUCGCCGUAUCUGGAGAAAUCCCCCGAGAACUCAGAGUUUAUCGCCGCGUUCGAGGCCAAGCUGCUCGAGAAGCUCGACGACAAGGCCAGCAUGGACUACCUGGUGCUGCUGCAGGCAAGCGUCAUCUGGCUGCUGCUCAACUGGCAGACCGGAAAAACCCAUAAGGGAUACCUGUUUGGCGGGUUUGCCGACCGCGUGUAUACGACGCUGACCAACCAGAAGAGCACCAGCGGCUCGCUGAUUGAGCAGGAGUUCUACAUCCGCAGCAUCUGGGCCUACCAGCUGACGUGUCUGUCGCUGCGCGAGGGAUACACGGACGGCCGCGCGCGCCUGACAAAAUACAGGCUCCCGAUGCCGAACAAGGACCUUCUCUUUGGCCACACGGGGCCGUCCAAGUACCUCGGCGAUAUCAAUCUCAGCCAGACGUCGGAGCUGCUCUAUUUAUUUGUGUACACCACGGAUAUCUGGACAGACAGCAACACGUGGAUUUUUAAGGGGGGCCGCAACCACUACAGGGAGGCGCCGUGGGACCCGGCCAGCAAGUGGCACAGUCUGAACAUGCGGAUAGAGUCGCUGGAGGCGCAGCUGGGGCCCAAGGAGAAGUUUUCGCUGUCCAACCUCGAGGCCCAUUUUUCUCUCGGCGAAGGAACUAUUUUCUGCUACCUGCAUCUGGGAAUACUUAUUUCCAAGAUCCUGAUUCGCCGCAACUACUUCCCGUUUGUGCCGCUCGACCAGACCGGUCCCAAGGGCCCGCAGCCGCUGCCGAAAGAGCUCUGUGGCGCGCCCAAGGGCUGGUGGAAAGAAAACGCACACACAGUCUUCGACUGCAGUCGCAUGAUAGCCACCAUUUUCGACGAGCUGCAAAAACGCAAAAAACUGUUCUGCAACUCGUACUCCGGCUACUGCGGCCUCACGGCGGCGUCCAUGCUCAUAUACGCGCACAACUUCCCGUCCUACGACCCCUCGUUCCACGACGCAGACCUGUACUACCAGUACUGUCUGGAUUUUUUGAAAUUCUACAAGGCGCACUGGGAGCUGGGCUCGUACUACUACGAUUUUCUGCGGCACACGCGGCGGAUGCUGGAGGCCGCGGCAAGCAACAGGAUCGAGAUAGCCAGCAUCUCCGCGUUUGAGAACAUGAAGGACGAGCUGAUCGAGGUGGCCAACGUGGCUGCUCCGCUGCCCAAGACCGACCGGCUGAACAUCGAGAGCCUGCUGCGGUCGCCAAAGGUGCCGCACUCGCCCGCAGAGGACGUCGACUGGCUCAGCGCAAACAUGGCGUGGGACUUUGGCUGGUCGAACCUGGGAGUCACUUUUACGGACUAUACGUGUUAA